UGUGCAUGUUUCCUAGGUCCUGACAGCACCAUCCGGCUGGAGGGAGUCGACACUGGCUGCUUGUUUUCUAAAUACAAGGGACUUUUGGAUAUUUUUUGUUUUUAUUCAUAUUUUCCUUUAAUGGAUUUAUGUGUGUGCUGCGUAGGGAGAUAGUGUGCGGAACAAGCUGAGCACACGGGAUCCAAUGGGGAAAAUAAGUUGACUGUGCUGUCGGAAGAAUUUGUUUUCCUCGUUAUCACAAAAAAAAAUAUAGCUAAUUUUAUCAACAUGAUUCGGAUUUCUGGAGUCUGGGGUUGCGGGAAUUGUGACAUCUGAGGGAGGACAACGGUCCGUAGCCUAUUUCUACAAGACGUCGUAAACGGCAACAUUGUAUCACAUCUCGGUAGCGUUCUCGCUUUGCUUGGGUCUAUUUGUUCUUGCAGUCAGUCAGUCUACUGCUACAUAAUAUUGGAAUUGUUGUUAUAUGCGGAACAUUUGAAGUCUCCCAUACUGUUCUCGCAACGCCUACUUACAAGUGGCUAUCUAGCGAACAACGGUAGCUCGACCUCAAGCCGAAUAACUUCUGCAAACUGCAUGCAGCACAGGCGGUGGGAACAACGGCGGUGCUGGACCAGACAAUAUGGCAAACUUGAGUAAUGAAAGAUGAAUGCUGUGCUAUUUCCCAUGUGAUACAUAUCGGUUUCCCUUUUAAUAUCAAGAAGGGGAAAUUGACCGAGUUUCGUCAGUGGAGAGGGGGACGCCACUUCCAACAUGAGGGAGACCUAGGGCCGUGGAUAAUUUAUUUAUUGUGGGGGGUGCGGGUUCUUUUCUGUCGCAUUUUUUAUUUAAAAAUUUUAACAAAAUAUACUUCAUUUACAUUUUAAUUAUUGCAAUAGUUUAGUGGCCUAUCUGCUAUCGGUGCAUGCGGAAGAAAAUGUAAUUACGAGAAGUAGGUCAGAUCCGUGUAAUGAUAAAGCUUUCAGGGAGAGUGAGGUUGAUCUCAGAAUUAUAGCUGACAUGUUUAUUUAAUUCAAACCUUUUCAAGUUGGUUUUGUUGAUUGUAUGCAUCGGGUCACAACCAAUGACCAGUUAAACACCAUCUGCCCAAUCCUAUAGCCUACCUUCACAUGGGAUAUUAUUUUCGCGUAAAAUAAAAGGCGCAUUUUCACCUAUAUCCCUCCUUUCCUUUCUUUUUUAUUGUUAUUGAGUGAAUGGCUUUGUGCGGAACAACGGCUGCCAAUGCCGCAAAAAUGAUGGCUGCAUACAACGGUGGCGCCUCGGCAGUUGCUGCCCAUCACCCGCACCAUCACCACCAACUACCGCAUCUCCCACCUCCCCAUCUCCACCACCAUCACCACCCGGGCCAGCAUCACUUGCAACACCCCGGCUCUGCCGCCGCUGUCCACCCUGUACAACAACACGCUUCUACAGCAGCAGCUGCAGCGGCAGCCGCGGUAAUGCUGAACCCGAGCCAGCAACAACCAUACUUUCCCUCGCCAGCUCCUGGACAAGCCCCCGGCCCGGCAGCGGCAGCGGCACCUGCCCAAGUUCAAGCUGCGGCUGUCAAAGCUCACCACCACCAUCAUCAACACUCGCACCACUUACAGCCGCAGUUGGACAUAGAGCCCGACAGACCCAUCGGCUAUGGAGCUUUUGGGGUGGUCUGGUCAGUGACGGACCCCCGGGAUGGAAAGCGCGUCGCCCUCAAAAAGAUGCCCAACGUCUUCCAGAACCUCGUCUCCUGUAAGAGGGUCUUCCGCGAGCUGAAGAUGCUGUGCUUCUUCAAACAUGAUAAUGUGCUCUCGGCUCUCGACAUCCUACAGCCUCCACACAUCGACUACUUUGAGGAAAUCUAUGUGGUGACAGAACUGAUGCAGAGUGACCUCCAUAAGAUCAUCGUGUCACCUCAGCCCCUCAGCUCAGACCACGUCAAAGUGUUUCUCUAUCAGAUCCUCCGAGGACUGAAGUACCUGCACUCAGCUGGCAUCCUACAUCGAGACAUCAAACCUGGCAACCUCCUGGUCAACAGCAACUGUGUGCUUAAGAUCUGUGACUUUGGGCUGGCGCGGUUGGAGGAGCUGGACGAGUCUCGUCACAUGACUCAGGAGGUGGUGACACAGUAUUACCGCGCGCCAGAAAUCCUCAUGGGCAGCCACCAUUACUCCAACGCCAUCGACAUCUGGUCUGUAGGAUGCAUCUUUGCCGAGCUACUGGGCCGACGCAUCCUGUUCCAGGCACAAAGUCCCAUCCAGCAGCUGGAUCUGAUCACGGACCUGCUGGGCACUCCCUCUCUGGAGGCCAUGAGGACAGCGUGUGAGGGGGCCAGGGCCCACAUCCUCAGAGGACCACACAAACAGCCAUCCCUUCCUGUCCUGUACACCCUGUCCAGCCAGGCCACCCACGAAGCUGUCCACCUCCUGUGCAGGAUGCUUGUGUUCGAUCCGUCAAAGCGGAUUUCAGCGAAGGAUGCCCUGGCCCAUCCCUACCUGGACGAGGGCAGACUGAGGUACCACACCUGUAUGUGUAAGUGCUGCUACACCACCUCCUCUGGUCGCGUCUACACCAGCGACUUCGAGCCCGUCACCACACCCAAGUUCGACGAUGGCUUUGAGAAGAAUCUGACCUCCGUCAGACAGGUCAAAGAGAUCAUUCACCAGUUCAUCCUGGAGCAGCAGAAGGGGAACAGAGUGCCGCUCUGCAUCAACCCCCAGUCAGCCGCUUUCAAAAGCUUUAUCAGUUCCACUGUGGCCCAGCCCUCUGAGAUGCCCCCGUCCCCCCUGGUGUGGGAAUAGCUGCUGUCUGGGCCACGACCCUGCCCAUGGCCCGCGCUGGACUACUGAGGACAACAAGAAGAAACCCCCACCCUGCGUAGCAUUUCACUGGAUUCUAGGACUAGCGAUGUCCACUGUGUGUGUACUGUAAUACUAACUAUGAAGUUUUAAAAUGAACCCAACCAACCACUGCUGACUGGGUUAUGGAGGGACUUUUAGAGUGUGCUAUGUAUACAAGUGUAUACCCACACUGUUCUGUAGAUGCAAACCCACUAAUGAAUGCACACACACAUGUGCAUACAAACAUUGUGCAGAGGUGGUAUAAGGGCCACCCUCGUGGGCUUGAAAGUGUGUGUAAAGCCAGGGAUGAGACAGAGGUAGUAUGCUACAGAGAGUCCUCAUAGUCUCUGCCUGCAGUCCCAGAGGGCAACGCACAGCUCCCAUCCACUUCCAUACAUGCAUAGUCAUCACUUAUUUAUUAAAGGAGGGAAACGGGGUCCGGUAUGGGUGUUGUUUUUAAAUAUAGAACGAGAUUUAAGACUGUACCUACUCACGCUAGCUAACCCCCCUCCUGAGAAAUCAUAGCUUUCAAUUAGAAAUAAAGCUUUUUAUUUAUUUGUAGUGUACUGUUAAACAGUAUAGUCAGAGGGUUUCAUUGUCUGUUUUUUUGUUACAUUUUUUUCUGCUCCAUUGCUGUUUGUUCUAUGCCUGCUGUCUGUCCCCUGGGUUAGAGGUCAGUAUUUGUGAAGAGAUGUGUGCUCUGCAUGCCACUUGGUUGCGAUACAUAUGGCGAGAACCCCUCACAUGGCACAGCUAACCCAAAUGUGGGCAUGUGGAAGUAUGGCACUGUGUCAGUAUUAUCUGGGUAAAAUGAGGUAACCCUGGAAUGUGGUUGCUUCAAAGAAUAGACUAUUAGUGUGAAGAGCCACUGAGAGCUGAAGUACUGUAGCAUGACGGGGGACAGAGAGGCAGUAGUUUAGGGUACAUAUUGAUGUUGUGGUAUUCUGCACAUGUUUUGUGCUACAGUAACAAGAAGGCCAUGUUGGGGUGCUACUUGGUCGUUACAUUUUCUCUCUGGAGACUCUGAGAGACCGAAUUCAAGUAAUCUGCUGUUAGACAUACUGUACCAUAUGAACAGGCAUGUUAAGAGAAUAAAGGAUACAGACAUUCACUGGUUCCCCUACCAUGUCUGCUGAAUAGUCCUACCAUACACUGUAUAUCCAUGUUCUGUCAAUACAUACCUAGUUGAAGACAGACAAGCAAAAUAAUAGGAGAUCAGCCAAACCAAAAUAAUGAAAUUAUUCUAUAGAGAAAGCGAAACCAAGAUUUAAAAAAAUAGAUGUUUGAUGAUACGAGGGGAUGUUGCCAUUCCUCGAAGACAUUCAUUAAUUUCCGUAGGGUUCCAACCAGAGGGGUGUGUGUGUGUUGCUUAUACGUGUGAUAAAUAGAUAUAUUAGGUCUACUUUAAGCCUCACUCCCCAAAGCAAUGUUUCAUGUUAACCACACCUGCACCUACGCCAAUAAAAUAAACUCUCAGAAGAAAACAAUUUAAUAUAUUUUUUGAUUAUUAUUUUUUAGUUCUUUCAAUCAACAUUCUAAGGAAUGCUUUCUCAUGAUUCACAGAAUAUGAUAUGUAAAUACAUUCAAAAAACGAAUAGAUUUAAAACUAAAUCUACAAUGGAGGGAAAAAAACAAAGAAAUUAAAACUCAAAACAAUACUGCUGUAUAGAAGGUGUAUUAGCCUGCACAUUUUUAGGGCUGUGCAUUUUAUUUUAUUUUUGAGACUUGCAUAUAAAUGUAUAUAUUUUAUUUGGUCUUUCAUUUGUUUUCCCCUGUACUAGAGUGUGUAGAAGACAAAUAUAAUCCAAAACAAAAAUGAUUCAGAAAACAAAAUGAAAAAACACAUAACCAAUUAUGUUAAUUGUGUCUUGUGUGUACUGCAGAGCUGUGGAUAUAUUGAAGUAGAAGGCUUUUUCUUAUUAUUAUUAUACUACUAUUAUUAUUAUUAUAUUAUUAUUUCUUUUACCUUAGAGAAACACUUUACUAUUGUGUUUAUAUGUAUAUAAAGGAAUCACAAUGUUGGUCUCUACCUCUUGAGCUCAAUUACUUAGUUUGUCUACCUCCACAAGUUUAUCAUUUCAUGUGGAGAAUUACAAAUAAAACUUGAAUGUCCCUUCCAGCUUUUAUAUUGAAAUAAAUCAAAAACGCGCAAGUUUCUUCUUCACUCAUUUGAAAAACGAUUUAAAAUCUACCAGAGGUGGGAUCCAUCCUAUCAUGUCAUUGUAUUAAAAGGCCCAAUCAUUAGCCAAGCAAUUACAGACUGUUAGUUGACAUUGAGUCAUAUAUUUGAUAGGCUAUGACCCCCCCCCGUUUCCCUGUGUAAUAUGUAUGUGAACAUGCUAGUAUCUUUUCUUCAAGAGAUUUUUUGUUGAAAUGAAGUACAAAAACCCACUGAUGCUAAUUUUAAAUGUGUACAAAAAAUAACGCAGACUAACUUGAACUCUGCAACUGAUAUUUGGGCAAAAUUUGGAUAGAUGUGCUGUCACACAUUUUAUAAGACAUUUAAAGUUUAUACUCAGAGGUAAUGUAAUUUGAAUACAAUUUACGAUAAAUAUAUCUAUAAAGCUCUGCUUACAAGGACCUUAAAGCCAAUGUGAAGUUGAGACCGGAAUUGACUCCUCGGAUGUGCUCACAUGUGUGUUGGGAAAAAUGGCUGGUUUCUAAAAGUGUAGAUUUGAAGUACAGUGGUGAAACUCAUUAAAUGUGACAUUUAAAGAACGUCAGUGCUGUGGCUUUUAUUCUUCUUCCUGCUUCAUUAUAGACCGAGACUGUUGCAUAGAGUAUGUAGAUCAUGUAUUACACAUCAUGUCUGAUUUCAUCCUGGUGUAAUGGGUGGUCCCGUGUGGCUCAGUUGGUAGAGCGUGGAGCUUGCAACACCAGGGUUGUGGGUUUGACUUACAACUUACUGUAAAUCGCUCUGGAUAAGAGCAUCUGCUAAAUGACUCAAAUGUAAAAUUGUGUGAUUAUUUCAUGACUUUUACUGCCACCCAGUGGAGGACAUUAUCUUUAACAAUCUAAGCAUUUCCAAAAAAUGCGAGCACGUGAUAUACAAUCAAAUCGCAUUUCUUUCACAUUGGAUUUUACCAUGGUAUAUUCCACUGAGGGCAAGUGUACAGAAUCUCAAUUAUUGUUCAAAAGGUGCCCUAUGCAACAAGUCCAAUGACAACAGCCCUUCAUGUUGAUGAUAUAUCUAUAACAGUAAAUUAAUACAAUUCCUUAAGAAAAAUAAAGAAUGUUGAACAUUG